CUGCGAUUUGGGACCGAUCGGCAGGUUUAUCAGAGAGUCGAAGAUAGUUCGCUUAAAUUUUGUUGGCAAACUAAGUGGCCGCAUUUAUGUGUGUGGCUGACGUCAUUUCCACGAGUUCAGACGGUGUCACUCGUUAGCGCAUCAAGGUUAACAACAGUUGAGAGGCUCAUCUUUAACUGUGAUCUUGUCAACAGUAAGACUUUGGCGAAAGAAUCGAGUGGCGCCGAGGCGUUUACUUUAUGAAGGGCCCUAAUUUUUAAAGGAAAAUAGCCAUGCUGUGAAACUCAGACACACAACUCUGAGAGGACUUUUGGGAGAGACAUUUUUUUUAAUUCAUUAACUCAGACCUUUUCAACAAUCAGUGUGGAGCCAAUAAAACCUCUGCAAUGAGUCUGAGAUAUCUUAAUUCACAAAUGACCAUGGAGGACAAGAGCAGCCGCAACGGAAGCAGAGAAAGGCUCGGACUGAGCUUCACUAUUGACUACCUUCUGUUCAAUAAAGGAGUCAAAGGUUCGAAAGAAGAAGGAAGUCGUGCCGCAGAGCAGACAGAGAACAACAUGCUAAAUCAUCAGAAUCCUAAACCCGAAGAGGUGGGGAUUCGCCGCAAGACUCCGGAGCAGCGACUACAAAGGUCAGACACUGGGAAAAGAAUAGCCGAAGAAGGGGAGGGGGAUUCAAUGCGACAAGAGGAGGGGGAGGAGGAAGUGACCACCACGACCACGUCUACCGGCAGCAGCAGUCCAGAGACCUCUGUGGACAAACCCAACCAGUCGUACAUCGCGCUCAUCUCCAAGGCAAUCCUCGCGUCCGAGCAGAAGAAGCUACUGCUGUGUGACAUCUACCAGUGGAUCAUGGACCACUACCCUUACUUCAAGAGCAAAGAUAAAAACUGGAGGAACAGCGUGCGUCACAACUUGUCCCUCAACGACUGUUUCAUCAAAGCAGGCCGAAGCGACAAUGGUAAAGGCCACUUCUGGGCGAUUCACCCGUCAAACUAUGAGGACUUUUCUAACGGGGACUACCACUGCCGGAGGGCCCGGCGGAGGGUACGAAGGGUGGCGGGACAACUUCCUCUUUCCUCCCUGGCCUCCCCCUACCACCCUGCCCUCGCCAGGCAUCACAGAACAACCUGCUGGUGUUGCCCUCCGGCCCCGGCCCCGGGACCGGGACCGGCCAUCCCUCUGUCCUGCUUGGGCCCCACACUCUACUGGCCCUGGUCCACCAUGCAGCCACAAGUCAGGCUCCACCUGGGCCUCAAUGCCUCUUUACCCUGAGAGAAAUUUUUUUGUAUUACAGUUUGGUCCUGAAUUACUAUUGGGUAACCUUUAGAAUCUUAUGCUAAUGAUUAUAUCAUUAGGAGAUGUUAAAAUUGAAAAAGACUGGGUCAAUAUUCUGCUUUAUAAGAACAAAGUGAUUUCUAGGACACUAAAAUGUAUGAAUCUUUCAAAGCUGUUGCACUUCUUUCAUUUGUAUUCUGAAUGUUUUUAGAAUAACAAAAAUACAAUGUUUUGUUAUAAUCCCAUUAAAUAAUAUUGAAUGUA